AUGUACCGCAACGCCGCCGCCCGCUCCGCGCUCCGCGCAUUCUCGAGCUCCAAUGCCUCCGUGGCUCGCUCCGCUCUGAGCAAGCAGAUCUGCAAGGCCCAGAUGACCUCGUCGGCCCGCAGUCUGCUCCGUCCCUCCGUCUCGUGCUUCGCGCUCGCCGCCCACAAGCCCGUUACCACCGCUCUUGUGCGCUACUCGUCUUCUGCGGCUAAGGAGCACGAUGAUGAUGAUGUUGAUGUUAUGGCGGGUAUGAAGUCCGAGGCUAAAGUUAUCAAGGAUACCUUCAGCUUGAGUGAGGUCCCCAAGGAGGCCCUCUACCUCGGUAUGGCCGGUGUCGUCCCCUAUCUGGCCACCUCUCUGCAGACCGUCUUCCUCUCCUACGAGAUCAACCGCGCUGCCGCUGUUGGCGAAGGUCUGAUCUUCUCUGGCGAGAGUGCUGAGCUGAUGCUGCACAUGCUCGAGCCUGUCCAGAUCGGAUACGGUGCCGUCAUCCUUUCUUUCCUCGGUGCCAUUCACUGGGGUCUUGAAUGGGCUGGCUACGGCGGUAAGUUCGGUUACCGCCGCUACGCCGCCGGUGUGAUCGCCCCCGCUGUGGCCUGGCCUACUCUGCUGCUCCCCGUCGAGUACGCUCUGAUCAGCCAGUUCCUCGCUUUCACCUUCCUGUACUACAACGACGCGCGUGCUUCCGCCGCUGGCCGUGCUCCUCACUGGUACGGCAUGUACCGUUUCGUGCUGACCUUCGUCGUCGGUGCCUCGAUCGUGGCUACCCUGAUCGGCCGUGAGCAGAUCCAGCAGACCACCGCCUCCGAGCACAGCAUCAAGGACAAGAUCAACGCUCUGAUCUUCUUGCAGAAGAAGGAGAAGGAGGAGGCUGCGGCUCGCCGUCUUCAGGCACUCGAGGUCGAGGAUUCCGAGUAA